CUGGACAUCGGGAGCGGUUGUUUGGGAUGAAUUAAGGUUGAGGACAGUAGUCACUCCGCCAGGCGCCCCCGGUUCCGUGCCUGGCGAAGCGGCAGGACUUGACCCUUCCCGCGGCUUGUAGCGCGCGGGCCGCGCAAGCGCCGUUAGCCUGAGCGGGGCGGACGUCGCCAUGGAAGCGGACGGGACCUACGAGCCUGGCUUCGUGGGUAUCCGAUUCUGCCAGGAAUGUAACAACAUGCUGUACCCCAAGGAAGACAAGGAGAACCGUAUCCUGCUGUACGCGUGCCGGAACUGUGACUACCAGCAGGAAGCCGACAACAGCUGUAUCUACGUUAACAAGAUCACGCACGAAGUGGACGAGCUGACCCAGAUCAUUGCCGACGUGUCCCAGGACCCCACGUUGCCGCGGACCGAGGACCACCCGUGCCAGAAGUGCGGCCACAAGGAGGCGGUGUUCUUCCAGUCCCACAGUGCCCGGGCCGAGGACGCCAUGCGCCUCUACUAUGUGUGCACGGCCCCACACUGUGGCCACCGCUGGACCGAGUGACCACCCCACCGGGCGCCGCGGGUAAUAAAGGGCAGGUUCUGCA